AUGAAUCAGACCGCCCCGCAGCACUGUCCGCCCUCAGGUAUCAUCAAGGUCCAAGGACGGGUAUGCUCGUUCGGGGUCGGCGGCGCCGGUCUYAACAUGGACUUUGCUCAGCAUGUGGUGCUUUACGAGCCAUGGUGGCGCCACUGUGACGAGCAGCAAUGGGUUGGACGGGCGUAUCGGACGGGUCAGAAGCACCCUGUCCAUGUAUAUCGCAUCAUGGGAGAGGACUGCCUCGUCGAUUGGCUCUCGCGCAAGCUCAGCGAAGCCAAAGCACAAACCAUCAACCAGCUCACUCAGGCGAUCCGAAGGGAAGACGGAACGGAUUUUGUCAUUCCCGAGCAAAGCCGCGGCGCCGAGGCUCGUUGA